AUGUCAUCUCAUAGCAGUUCACCAGAUACAACAACAAUACCUGAACAAAAUACAACUUCAAAUGAAACAGGAUCUGGCAAGCAAGGUAGGAAAAAGACAAAGUCAUCUGUUUUAUCAGAUGAGCAAAAGAAAGCCCAUCAUAUUGCUUCAGAACAGAAAAGGAGGGAGAAUAUCCGUGCAGAAUUCGAUAAAAUAGUAUCGUUAACUCCUAAUCUAAAUGAGCUGGAAAAUCGGUCGGAAUUAAAUAUAUUAACCAAAAGUGCCGACUAUAUUGAUUAUUUGAGAGAUGAGAACAUUAAAUUGAUUGAAGCAUGUCGUCAGAAAGGUAUAAGCAUACCACCUAAUUUGAUAUAUUCAGGACCAAAGAACGAUGGAAGCGAUAUCGCAAAAUAA